AUGUCGAAUGCCUUAAAGGCAGGCCGUUUAACCCGACAACUAAAGCCGCAAGAGGUAGUACAGUCGCUGUUAACGGAGUCGAAACGACAUAGAAAUAAAAUCAAUGAUUCGUUUUGGGCCAAGGUACGCCAGAUCGCGACCAAACAACCCGGCACGUCGCAUCCGGAUCAAUUAUUGAUUGAACUGUUUGAGGCUGCGUCAAAGCACUCGCAAACUAUAUUUAUUGGCAGCCACUUGCUACAAAACAAUGUCAGACUGCCCGAAAAGCAAGAAUCCCUAUUUAUACUGGCUUUGGCCCAAAAAGACCCCGACCAAGCAAUCCGACUAUGGCAGACGAGAAAAGUCUCGUCAGAGUAUACUAAUUUCUGGAAAAACGUCGGAGUCCAGCUUUAUUGUGCUCUAGGAAAGCUGAGUAUUGCUGAAACCAUUGCACAAUCUGCAGAAUUGACCGCCAAAAGUAUUUAUUUUCUGCUCAAAGCAUAUUCCGUCUCGGGUGGGCCGAGGCUUGAGUACUGGACACAGGUUUUAGCAGAACGAGGAUCAAAAUCCGAUCUAAACCAAGCAGCAUGUGUGCUGUUAAGGCGUGGUCAAAUCAGAGCUCUCACUCCGUUGGUUUCCAAGUUGGAGGGCGACCUUGGGCAGCGAACCGUCACCAGCAUUCUUGGAUCCACAAAUAAUCGGGUCGCUGCAGCUACUGCAUUGUCCAUCAAACCCGAAAUUGUAUCUGACAGACGCUUUGUAAAGUCUUGGAUGCAAUCUUUAGAUCCUGAUCUGGUUACUCAGAUCGCGCCGCUAUUUCAGAACUCUAUCUGGGCAAAGAAUGAGCUCAUUGAGUCUUAUCUGAAAAAAGAUCAACUCGAUUCGGCUUUGAAACUUUUCCAAGAGAUGAUAAAACAUGGGCCCCGUCCCACAAUGGCAACAAUUCACCGGUUUGUUUCAUACGGGAUCUAUCGAAAGGAUACGCGAUUGGUAGAUGAGAUGAUCGCCAAUUUGCAGAACUUAGCAACACAGACCACUGAUUAUAGCAGAACAAUGCAACUGGUUGUCAGGUAUCUCUCCUUCAAAAGACAGUACAGGAGUUUGCUAGUUCUGCUUAAAACCAUUCACAUGUCCAAGCUGCAGCACUCGAAUUUUGUUGCCAUAUGGAAGGCGUUGUAUGCAUGCGCUAGAUCUGACCCUUUCAUUUUGCAAUCAGAUUUUGAUCUGCAGCAUUUUUUUGUUGAUAUGAUCCAGCGGCCGAACUUUCGAGUUGACAAACAAGUGUUCCAGCUGGCAACACGGACCUUUUUGCGGAUCAAAGACGUCCAUUCCGCUGCGUUUGCAGUAAGGUACAUGUCUGAAAUAGGCAAUUUACCGAUCGAUGAUGAGUUUGUCCGCGGCCUGCGUGAACUGUCAAAAACGGCAAGUCCUAGCCACAAUUGGAAAGGACUAGUGGAGCAAAUACAUCUCUUCAACCCUACCAGGUGCAUUUUCUCCAUGAAGAUUUUUGCUUUUACGCUGAUCACUUUGGCCAUUGCCAUGAGCUUUGAAAACACAUACCGCCGUAUGAACAAACUGCCUGGCACAGUUGCCUUUAACCAGCUCCCGGGGCUUGCGUCCACUGUAAACUACAAUCGUGACGGCGUGUUUCUGAAUAUUCGUGCUCUCAACUACAGCGGAACUAAUGGUCAACCCGGAGGCAGCGCGGUAUACCGAGAGAUCUGUGAUUGUUUAAAAGAUAGCCAAGGAGACAUCAAAGACUACCGCUUGCGUUGUGCCAAACUCUACGACAAAAAGGGCGAGAUACGUGUCGCAUACGGUACAGACGAGCACGAGACGCAAACUGAGCAGCUCUGUUGGCGGCCCGAAGAGCAUCUUGGCAUGCUCGUAUGCUCGUGCGAUUCAUUGAAUCGACUUUACAUAUGA